AUGUCUGCAAUGAUGGUCAAGCUAGGACUGAAUAAGUCGGUUUUACUACUGAAACCUUCUGUCUUCUCAAGAGCAGCUACUUUGAGCUCCUCGAGGAGGCUGCUUUUCAAUACAGCCAGAACAAGUUUCCUUUCUACCUCACCAUUGAAGAAUGUUGCGACUGAAAUGAACACUAAAGCAGCAAUUGCUGAAGAGCAGAUAUUAAACAAACAAAGAGCAAAGAGACCUAUUUCUCCACAUCUGACCAUUUACCAGCCGCAACUAACCUGGUACCUGUCAUCUUUUCACCGUAUCUCGUUAGUACUCAUGGGGCUAGGCUUCUAUUUGUUUACUAUACUCUUUGGGGUGUCUGGUUUAUUAGGCCUUGGAUUGACUACUGACAAGGUGUCUAAUUGGUACCAUCAAAAGUUUUCCAAAAUCACGGAAUGGUCCAUCAAGGGUUCCUUUGCUUACCUAUUUGCUAUUCACUAUGGUGGCGCCAUUAGACACUUGAUUUGGGAUGCAGCUAAGGAAUUGACAUUAAAGGGCGUUUACAAAACUGGUUACGCACUUAUUGGCUUCACCGCCGUUCUCGGUACUUAUUUAUUAACUUUAUGA